ACCUGUCGACACUAAAAUGAGGUUGACAAUAUCGGCUGUAUACUUUAUCGGUUGCGGCUGUCUAGGGCUAGUUUUAGCAAUGGAAGUUCCUGUGUUUUCAUUUCGACGUUGAAUCAAUAAAGUUGCAUGUCGUUAAGAAAGAGAAGGAAUGGCUCUCUUGAUGAAGAGAAUAGAUCACCGUGAUGGCAUCCUUUCUUGGCUGACUUUACUUGCGUCAGUUUUCAUUACUGCAUGUUCUUGUGGCUUCCUCAAUAUUUUUGGCAUCUGCUAUACUUAUUUUCUGGAAAGGUUUGAUAAUUCAAAGGAAAAGACAGCAUGGACUGGCUCACUCCCGACUUCAUUGAUGUUUGUGUUAGGACCUGUUUCAUGCUGGAUCAUCAAUAAAGCUGGGCUAAGACUUUGCACAAUGAUUGCAGCACUCCUUGUCAGCCUGUCUCUUCUGAUGACGUCAUUCGCUACAAACUUGGACCUAGUCUUCAUCUCGUUCAGCGUCCCUUUUGGGCUUGGUUCAUCUGUUCUCCUAAUGGCAUCGGUAAAAUCUGUGUGCAUUUAUUUUGAUAAAUGGUUAUCUUUGGCAUAUGGUCUCCAAACUGGCUGUGUUGCACUUCUCCAAGCGGGUUUUUCAAGCCUUCUCGUUUUGCUACUAAAAGAAGUUAGAUUUGAACGAACAUUCCAAAUACUAUCAGCUGUAUUUCUUGUUAUCUGUCUGGCUGGUGGCUUGACAUUUUGCCCAACUUCAUAUGAAGUAGAUAAAGAUGAGCCUGAAAAGAAAACAACGAAUUUCCAAAUAUAUUUCAAGUUACUGAAGAACAAGAAGAUCUGCAUCUUUCUUGUGGCUAACUUCAUAGUGUCGUUCGCGUAUGGUGUGUCUAGCAUUCACCAGGUACAACUUGCUAUAGAGAAAGGUGUCCAAGUGAGCACAGCCAAGCUGUUUCCCGUUUUUAGUUCUAUUUCUUGUGGCUUAGGCCGCAUCUGCUGUGGCUUUCUACUUGACCUGAAAGUUCAGAAGAAAAUCGCAUUCUACCAGCUUGUGAUGUUUUUAACUGGUUUAACCUGCUUUCUGGGACUAUUUGCGACAACUGAAGUACACCUAAUCGCAUAUAUCUGGAUAUACUCCGCUCUUGAUGGCAUGGUACAAACAUGCUGCACACCUUGCCUGCGGACUAUAACGGGUUUAACAUUUCUAGGAGAAGCGUAUUCCAUGGUACUGACUGUAGACGCCGUGUCUCUCUUGCUAGGGCCACCUCUUGUAGGGUUAGUGGUCGAGAAAACAAGAAGUUACAAUGCAUUUUUUUACAUGUCUGGGGCACCAUACAUAGCUGCUUUUAUAGAACUCUUCCUUAUUCGAUUUGUUGUAUCACUGUCACAAGAUGAGACAAGCAGUGACAAGAGAGAGAGAGAAAACGAAGAGCAGUUAUUAUAAAGGUCGGAUCAAAUCAAGUCAAUUUUUAGUUAGAUGUUAAUGGGUAGAAAUAUGAUAGGGAUUUUUAUUUGUACAGAAUAAUCUACCAGCAUAAUAACACUACUGUUGCCUUAAAAUGUAUUUUGUUUUAUUACGAUUAUAAUGGUAAGAGGUACACCAGUAAUUACUUUCAAAUGAAAGCAUGAUUUAAAACCCAUUAAUACUUCUAUAUUGUUGCCUAUUGUAGUUUGAUGUUUUGUCAAAAUUUUCUACAAAAAGUGAGUCUUUUACAGUUAUUGAAAUUAGCAUAUAUUUAAUUGUAAUUUUGAAUUAUUAGUUAUGGUUAUGUGUUAAAUAUUUUUAUCAUUUUUAUUUUGGCUCGUUUUUUCCGUUAAUUCCUUCUCUCGUCGCAAAUAUUAAUGUUUAGCCCCCCAAAGUUUACCGUCAACUGCCUCAUUAUUGGAAAUCUCUUUCAGCUUCAACUAUCACUGCAUUUUACCUUUUAUGUAUAUUUCACACGGCUAUAUUAGUAAAUGCUAUAGCGAAUAAUUUUGCUUCGCCUCCUGAGCCUCCAAUAACAAAGUAAUAUAUUUUUCCACGACUUAUUUGAAUUUCAUUCGAAUUCCUCGAUAUUUCCAAUCCUGUUCAUUGGAAGAACUUUUGCGGAGCUAGAAGACGAUGUAUUACUGUUCUAGAAGGCAGGUAUAUCGUCUUGAAAACUGAAGCUUUAAAAAGAAGGGGCUCGGGGGUGUUCAUUGAAAGUUUAUUCGUUUUAGUCAAAAGAAAUAUCCCGGACUUAAGAAAAAAAUUCUAAAAAGAUACAAGAUUCAUUUAGAGACAGCCUUCUCUUCAAAAACAUGAAAGAUUUGCUUUGGUAAUUUCUUGAAAGCCGGUAAUAUAAUAUGUACUUGCGGUUGUAUAUAAUAUAUAAUAUGUAACUGAAAUUCAAUGAGGGAAAAUUGAACUCUUUCAUCUUUGUAAGUCUGUGUCACACUAUUGGUUACCAGUCAGGGACGUGGUGGGAGUUUUGUUGGCCGGGAAAAUCACGUUUUAGGGGCACGGAGGCAGCUUGGCGCCUUACUUCACUUUCUUCUCACAAAUCUGAUGUUAUAAUUGAUGAAAGCUUAAAAGGAAUGAAACGUUUUAAAGGGCCUAUCGGGAAAUUUCCCGAGUCCCGGUGAGCGACCACGCCCCUGUCACCAGCUGAUUCAAAAAGAAACAAAUAGCUUCAGCCCCGUUAACACUACACAAACUAACCUGGGUUCGCCUCAGGCUUAAUCAGUCCAUCUCGAAAGAUAAAGUGUAGUGUAAACGCGAACCUGGGGCGAACCUUGCCUUGCGUUGACCGCCGCCAUUUUGUUUAUCAUCACCUUCAAUUUUUGUGUUACGCAUGCGUUGUCAUCAAACUAACCCAGGUUCGCCUUGAUACCGUUUAAACUACAAAGUCGGCAGUUACAAGUGUAAACGCAUCAUGGCUCAAUCGGGGCCAGGUUAGUGUGAACAGGACUUUGCUUGGUAGUACGAUUAGAAAGAACUCUUUGAUAGCACUCUUGCAUCUGUACAAACAAAUUCGGGGUUCUUCGUGGCUCGUUCUUGAGACCCUUGCUUUUUUAUCUACACCUCUUACUCUCGUUCUCACGAUAAUAUCAAACUUAAUUUUUAUACAAUUUAUUUGUUGAAGCUCUUUUCAAAUCAUUUCAAUUUCCGAGUAGAGAUAUUUUGGUCACUAACAAAAAGUAAGGCUGUGGUUUCAGGUGAAAUCUCAUACACCUGAAGUAUCGCUUACCAUUGAAAGCUUGGUUAGCAGAUCCUGCAGCAAUUGCACCUGCAUCUAUGCACUAUUCUUUGUAGCCUCUGCAAUGGAAUCUCUUAAACAAUAGCCUUUGGCGUACAUGCAAAUUAAACCCGUCCAUCGAAAAAAAAAUGCGUUUGUAAAGAUCUGUAUUUUUCCAUAAGAUAUCACAAAGUUUUGCAUAUACCAUUUCAUCUGAUUGAAGGUAUAGGUAAGGUAUCUCCAGAUAAUCGAUUACUUCUAGCAAAAAACCGAGAUAUUCCUUACAAACAGGAUACUCUGGUGGCUCUGGUGUCACUGGAAGAUACUCUUGUAUGUAUUUCUCUGUUUCUUCUUUGGUCACACAUUUGUGAAAUGAUGUCCACGAACAAACUACUGCAGUUUCUUCUUCCUCGUCGCUAUUUCGUAUCAUUCCAGCGGUAGACCAAACAAUAUCUCAUUUGAGGCAUUCAUCAAGUUUGUCUCUAAGAGUGCUAUCCUGAUGGUCAGGAAAAAGCGAUGCCCAACUCGUUUGGCAAGAUCACAAGGCAGCGCUUUGAGUGGUUGCUCUUGCUAAGAUUUUGCCAAAUUUAAUGGUUGUUCUUUUCUUAUUCCAAUGACGGGUAUUGUCUGUUCUUCUAGUGGUGAUGGUAGCUGAAACAGGGUCUUUUUGGUGUCAUGUAUCGUUUGCGCCAUCAUUAUUGUCUAUGAUAGCGGGUGCACGGCGCCUCUUCUCGCAUUUGAAAGAAUAGAUUGCUUUUUCGUCAGCAUUCUUGACCAAGAAAGAUUUUGCAUGCGAACGUCAUGGAGUUCUAAAGUGUGACGUCAUCAAAAACCUAUUUUUAGAGUUUUGGAAUUUUAACCACAUAGCGUAAAAGAUCACCAUGAAAUACUUUCAAAUACUUUCAAAC